AUGGAUCCAGAUUCCGACGGGGGCCCGACCCCCGCCGAGCAAAAAUCAAAGAAAAGGAAAUUGCUCGAUACUUGCAAAGGAAAUGCCGUCGACUACAAAAUUUUCUCAAAAACAAUUUACACGCGACAAUUCCCAGAAAACCACAGCGUAGACUGCGUAGUCUACGUUGAAUCACAAGAAAACGAAAAAAUUGGUAACAAAAAUCCAAUAGCACUUACAAAGUUAUUUACGGAAAAUGUGAAAGGAAUCGCUGGCGUCCACAGAGUGAACGCAUAUAAAGUGGGCAACAUUCAGAAAACCAGCACCGGCCAAUAA